AUGCCCAAGGGAUUCGGACUGCCGGUCGCGGCGUCAAACGCACUUGCCGUUCGGAAUCCGGAUUCACCAGAGGAAGUCGAGCUGUCCGAGGAAGCAUUGGCUAAGAUGACAAUGAGCGAGGUCGAGGAACUCAUCGACGAAAAGAGAGAGGAACUGAUUGGGCAGGCGGCUAUGACUGAGGCCAUCCUAACGGAACUCGAUGGCACGGAAGAGAACGCUGCUGUGGCAAUCGAAAUCGCGACAAAAAAGUUGUCGGGGGUGCUCCAGGCCGGAAGCAACAAGCUCGUCGAGGAUGCCCAGGCGAGAGUCGUCGCCGCCAAUGAAAGCCUCUUCGAGACCAGAGCCUCCCACGAUGUUUUUGUCCGAGACAUGAGCAGGGUCGAGCGGGAAGCCAGCGGUCUUCUCCAACUUCAACACGACCAGAUUGCUGAAAGAAGGCUGCUGCACCAUGAAGAUAGGAAGACCUACCGAGAGUAUUACCGGGCAAUGACCCGCACUGAGGACAUCGCGAGCUGCUUCAUCCAGCAACAGCACGAUCGCUUCGUCGAGUACGCCAUCCAGAUGGGCAGGACCGAGAAAGAGGCCAGCUGCCUCCUACAGGAGCAGCAUAACCAGCUCCACGAGAACGCCGUCGAAAUGAGCAGAAUUGAGCAAGCGUUCCGGGAUCAGCUCCAGCACGGACAGGAUGAGUUCCAUGAAUACGCCGCCGAGAUGGGAAAGACCGAGCGAGAAGCCAGCUGCCUGUUGCAGAAGCAGCACCAUGAGAUCGGCAGGCUAAAGAAGCAAUUGUCGGAUAUGCAGGAAGAGUCCAACUCCCAGAUGGGGACCUUGAGAAGUGAGCGCGAUACGUAUAAGGAGCGCAUCAGGGUAUUAACCCCGCUCUUGCUCGAGACUGGCAGCGGCGAGACUACGGUCUCAAUGCAUGAGCAGGUAGUAGCGAUGAGACAAGAACGUGAUGCAGCCCUCGCUGAGCGAGCAAAGAUAGCUGAGCAGCGGGAUGCAUACCAGACGGCGCUGGAGAAGGUCGUGCCGUCCCUUGAGAAGCUCAAUGCCGAGAGAACCAAUCCGGCGCAGAAGAGGAAACUGUAG